UCAAAAUGGCUGUCGGCAAAAACAAGAGGCUCUCAAAGGGCAAGAAGGGAAUCAAGAAGAAGGUCAUCGACCCCUUCACCAGGAAGGAAUGGUACGACAUCAAGGCUCCUGCGUUCUUCGAAACCCGAAACGCUGGUAAGACUCUUGUCAACCGAACCCAGGGUCUCAAGAACGCCAACGACUCUUUGAAGGGCCGUGUUCUUGAGCUCUCCCUUGCCGACCUCAACAACGACCAGGAGCAGUCUUUCAGGAAGAUUAAGCUCAGGGUUGAGGACGUCUCUGGCAAGAACUGUCUCACCUCGUUCUACGGUAUGGACUUCACCACCGACAAGCUCCGCUCUAUCGUCCGAAAGUGGCAAUCCCUUGUCGAGGCCAGCGUUGACGUCAAGACCACCGACGGUUACGUCCUCCGACUCUUCGCCAUUGGUUUCACCAAGCGACAGUCCAACCAGGUCAAGAAGACCACCUACGCCCAGUCCUCCCAACUCAAGGAGAUCCGAGGCAAGAUGGUCGAGAUCAUGAAGCGAGAGGCUGAGGGUAGCGACUUGAAGGAGUUGGUGCAGAAGUUCGUCCCCGAGUCUAUCGGUCGAGAGAUUGAGAAGGCUGCCAAGGGUAUCUACCCCCUCCACAACGUCUACGUCCGAAAGGCGAAGAUUGUGAAGGCCCCUAAGCUCGACAUGUCCAAGCUCCUUGAGACUGUCGGUGAGGCCAACGACGUGAGUUUGCUUUCAUGUCGACUUGUUUAAACUGUACUGACUUUUCAUCCAGGCCAACACCGGUUCCAAGGUCAUCAAGAGCGGAGAAUUUGUUGAGCCCGAGGUCCUUACUUCCGUUUAAGGUGGUGGGGUGCAUGUAUACCUAUGGCUUAAUCUUGUGGCGGCUGCAUCUCGUGGAUCAUGGUUUUCAUUACUCGUACUGGAUUUGGACAACUGUAUCAUACUUGCGAGGUGUUUGGAAGACUGUAUCUAUCGAUGGAAGACAGACUAUCUGGAAA